AUGACGGUCAAUAUUAACAUAGGUCCAAGCCAUCGUGCUUCAGAUGAGGAAGAUUUAUCGGAAUCAGCAGUUGAGGUGGCGCCACCGUCCCCUGCUGGAAUUCACGAAUAUGAAGACCCGCACGAGGAAUGGGCAGACCUCCCACUUCCAGAUGAACCGAAGCCCAGAAAUAAAACUAGUAGACUACGGAGACAAGAAAGAAGCAGGUACUGGGCAGCAGCACCGUCAUAUACUGGGGUUAGCAGGCAGGACGACUGUAUAAUUUCAUCUGAUGACAACGACAAAGACAAUACCACGCACCUCCACCUGGAUGUUGCUUUGGAUCUGGAGCAUGAGCUUGGAUAUCUAGCGCAAUUAAAUCGGAUGGGCCACUUCAAGAAGGGAAUUCGUUACUUUGAGAAACGCCUCGCCCCCCAUGUCGAUUUCUUCCCAGUUGUGGCCGAGUAUGCAGACCUCCUCUUGGAGCAAGGGAGCCUCGGGGAUUUGCAUAUAUUUAUUUCAAGUCGCUUGAUGGAUCCUCAUGUUAGCUACUUGAAAGAGGAAAACAUUUUACUGAAGACAAUUAGGGCUUAUGCAGAAAUCUUCACUAAAGGCGCACUGAUACCGGCAUUGAACAUGACAAAAGAAGCGCUGAACCAUCUUGCGACAAGAGAUCAUGAUUCAAUGGGAAGCAGCUUAUCUACUGGGCUUAAGAUUCAAUUGGUGGAGGUCUGCGUGCGCAUAAUUGUACACGCGGCCGAAGUCUCUGACUUUCUCGAGUCUGGACCUUUCCAAUCCCUCUUGCACUGGUCAAUUUCCGAUGACGAGCAGCUUCUGUUGGCUGAACUUGCACAAUCAACUCUGCUUGUGGGUUUCUUGAGCGAGCAAUGCUCUAUCGAGACUGUUCGGAUAGCUCAUAGCCAGUGUUUCAAGAAAUCACAUUCUCUUGCAUCGAGAAUAAUUGUACAAUACCCUCACUUGAUCAAUACACAGCCAUACUUAUGUUGGCUGUUAUUAGAGAGCAUGAGGAGCUUGUCAGCAUCCCGUCAGCUCCCACAGCCGGUCAAUAUCAAUAUGACAAGCUUGCUUCCCGACAGGUGGUCUUGGAAUGUUUUCGACAGGCUACACAUUUUCCGACAAAGAAACUUGAUUAUUGCGGAAAAGACAGAACAACCAAAGGUUACCGACAGAUACUUCUCCUGCAAAAGCCUCGAAACUCUCAUUGAAAGUGCUCGAGAUCUGGGAGGCUAUCGACUAGAGCGGUCCCUGCUUGAAUUAAUCUUUCAAUACUCGCUGGACUGGGAUCAAUGUCUCCAGACUGUACGGGGCCUGUCCCGAUUAAAUCAGGAGACGAUGAAUGAUACUUGUGAGUAUCUCAAAUGCUUGAUCGGAGAGUUUUUCUUCCUGGAAAAUUAUAGUUCUCCCGAGUGUGCGAGCCUGCGCGAAGAACUUUACGGUCGCUUUUCUGCAUUCGACGGCUCCUUUCCUUUUCGCUUUGAUUAUGAUACAGCGGUGCCCGAAAAUUCGGAUAUUGUUUUCUUUGAUAACCCUUUCUUGAAAUAUAUGGAAAGGAAAGUACAGUGUCUUCUUUUGAGCGACAUAGGGAAAGGUAUAGAAGCUGAAUUAUUGAGGUUGAAGCUGUCCCAUAUGGUAGAUCACCAUCUGCCAAGCAAGUUUCAGUCCAAGCUGGAUUCCACAGACACGUAUUCGGCUUAUAUAGAUCAUGCAGCAUCAGCGCAGGUUCCCAGAUCCGCACGAUACCGGUCUUCUGACCGAGCCACGAGAUCAGCAGGAAAUGAAACCUAUGAUGCGACUCCGGAAUCGUCGGGUUUGCGACAGGAAGGGCCCCGCCGAAUGCCACGACUAAACUUACAAGAUAUUCAAAGCAAGAAGGACGCAGCCGAAGACAUCAGAUUGUCAUUAGAUAAGUUGAUCCAGCAAGGUCGAAAUUCAGAAAGAGCCAAAGCAACGGUGAAACUCGUCGAUGGAGAGGAGGCCGUGAAGCAGGAGCGACGGAGACUUCAGGAAGAAAUAACCAGAGUCAGAAGAGUUCUCCUGAAUGCAGAGGAAAUGGCAAGGGUGGCCGAGAAAACCUCAACACCGCUACUGACUCUCAUCGAUCCAGUGGGCAGAGAAUAUUUACUGCCAUAUAACCAGUGCCGUUCCUUCGAGGUCAUGGAGAAACUAAUCAAGAAAAUCUUCCGGUCCGAUGAGAUUCUUGCACGUCCCAUUGCCAGAGGGGAUUAUAAAUUCACCAGUAUCGACGGCGAUCCAAUCAGGCGCGAUGGUUGGGACUCGGCCAUUCAGCCUGGGAGGACGAUCAUGAUUCAUAUCGUGCUUGAUUUAGAAAAAGAAGGCCCAAACCCAGAAACUCGAGAAAGCAAGCACUAAACCUGACCAGUCAGUGGAAGCGGAAAAGUCAACUGCUCAGGUGGAUGUUAUUAAAUUCGAAGAUCUCGGAAACCAAG